AUGAGCUGCUCCAAGGAAGCGUCGCCGACCCUGCCUCAGCAGAAACGGAGCGACGUGCGUCGUGCUGGCCUCUCCGGGUUCUCCAGCGCCAUCUACCGCGGUGCGCUGAACCACAGCGCCUCCGCAGAGCUCCAGGAGGGCUACCGCAUCUUGACGAGUGGCCAAAAGGCGAACAUCAUCAGUGACAAGGACCUCUUCAAGGCCGUCCACGGCUGCGGCCUGCACACCACCGAGGAGGAGGUGAACGAUCUUCUCCGCGUCGUCCACCAGGAUGAGCGCACGCUUGGGCUCGAGUUCUCCGAGUUUAUGAUGUUAAUGACGAAGGAGCUCGAUGAGAAGUCGAUCGAGGAGAUGCGGAGCGCCUUCAGCGUGAUGGACAAGAAUAAAGCCGGCACCGUCACCAAGAAGCAGUUCACGGAGCUCUUCGUCUCCUCCGGCGAGCACAGCAGUGCCGAGGAGCUGGAGGAGCUGAUGCUGCUGGCCGAGACGUCGGAAGAGUUGGAAGUGGUGGACUACAACAAGCUCAUCAAUGAGCUCGUCAUUCUACUCAACAAGAUGUAG